CAGCAGCAACAAAAGCAACAACAGCAGCAACAAAAGCAACAGCAAAUACAGCAACAAAAGCAACAACAACUACAGCAACAAGAACAACAAAAGCAACAACAACAACAACAGCAACUACAGCAACAGACGCCAUUUCCGCAAAGACAACAGCAGCCACACCUCCCCAAGAAGGCACCAGUCCCACCGCAGAAAAACGACGGCAGCUACACUUCGACGUGCAAAGGAGUCGCACCGGCAUCAAGGGUAGGGGGGGAAGCCUCUGCUGCUGCUGCUGCUGCUGCUGCUGCUGCUGCUGCUGCUGCUGCUGCUGCCCACGACCGGAGUGCUGCUGCUGCUGCUGCUGCUGCUGCUGCUGCUGCUGCUAACACCACCAUCACUAGGGCUUACACUCCCGCCGCUGCAGAGGCCACCCCCCUUGCUGCCGCUAGAAGGAGGCGUGUAGCGUAA